AUGACGGCCGCUAAUAACGAAUACCCUAAAGCGUCCAAUGCUACUCUGAUUGGAGCAUCAAUCACAUAUGUGGCUGGAUUAUUUCUCCUCCUAUCCUUUGCUGGGCCCUACUGGAUAGAGUCAUAUCCAGAAAUGUUUUCAUCCUUCAAACGCAUGGGCCUAUGGGAAUAUUGCUUCGAUCGGUUCCGCUUUCCUCAUUACCAGUUUGACAAGUUGUUUCACGGAUGCCAUUACAUCUUUAGCCAGGAAUAUUAUGUGAUCCGCGAAUGGCUACUUCCAGGCUGGUUAAUGGCGGUACAAGCAUUUGUCACUUUGGCUUUUAUGCUCACAUUCUCAGCUCAGGUUUUGUUAGCCUGUGUAAUCGUUAGAAUGCCGUUGCGCAAUGUGUUGAGAUAUGAAUGGAUAUAUGUAUCUUCAGCAUUUCUUAUGAUUGCUGUCUCAAGUGGUUUCCUACUCUUAGCAGCAAUUAUAUUUGGGGCAAACUGUUAUCGUCGUGAUUGGCUUCUUUAUCCGUCCUUCAAUGUUCUUUCUUGGUCGUAUGCUUUUGCAGUUAUCGCUUGUAUAUUAUUUGGUUUGGCAGCGAUUCUAUUGUUCUUUGAAGCACGCAAAUUAUAUGAAUUGCGUUUGGAAGCGAAGAACUUGGUAGCCCAAAUGCAACAUAGCCAACCGGAGCAUGCUUUACACCAGCUCAGGGGACAGUUGCAACAACAGCAGCAACAGUUUGGCUUCUAUAGGAAUUAA